AUGGGAAGCCGCACCGCGGAGUCAGCCUUCUCGCGGGCCUUUGCACUGCCGGAGAUCAUUCUGGCAAUUAUGCAUCAAAUGGACAUGCGAACGCUCAUCAACUGUCAACGAGUUUCUCACAACUGGGCCACUCUGAUUCGGCAUUCGGCUUCGCUGCAACGCGCUUUGUACUUUCUGCCUCGGGAAGCGCCCUCCCGAAAGCCUGUUCGGGUUUACAAUGAGCUUCUCGCAGAAAUAUUCCCCUCCUGUUUCCCCGCGCCGGGUGCUCCCGACCAAGAAUUGGAGCUCACAAGCAUUACCUUUGUUGACGAUCCCGAGACGCUGAAGGUCUUUCUUCGUCCCGAAGCCAGCUGGCGGCGCAUGCUCACCACACAACCACCGAUUCAUACGGUCGGGACAUUCGUCGCGGGUACUACUGAAUCGAUCGGCCUGAGGUGGCAGCAGAGCAAAGCCGAACCGCUUCCGGAUGGACUUCGCAUGGGUGUCUUGUUUGAGACGCUGCUGUCGGUCAGCGAAUGGACCUGGCAGAACGAAACAACAUGGAUCGCGCGGGGAGGGACGCAGCCAGUCAAUGCGACAGAGCCCUUUGUGCAACCUAGCGACUUUAUGCGGGUUGAUGACAUGAAUGCGGAUUGGGAACGCACGAUCCGUGACCUUGAUCUUGUGAUUGUGACUUUUGGGCAUGCCGAUGACUCGGCCCCGGAAGACUCGGAUCUCGAACUCCUCCACGGUGCCGAUGCAAUGGUGUGGAGGAAACUCCGUGCAGCUUACAAGGAGUUGGGCUUAACGGUAGGUGGAUUGGUGAUGGAAAAGUACAACGAAGGCACGGAGACGUGGCAUUGA